AUGGGAUCGUUUCCUCGACAGCAGGGUCGAACUACUACGUCCGAAUCCUGUCCACCAUCAACAGGGAGCUCCUGA